AUGGGCUAUCUCGAGGAUUUCGACGACCGACAAAUUGAAAUUGACGCUGAAAAAGAGGAAUACCACCCGUAUGAGUAUCAGGCGGCCAACAAUGACUCAUGGGCUGGUGCCCUACCCGUGAAGCAGGGUCUGUAUGACCCUUCUUACGAAAAGGAUGCCUGUGGUGUAGGCUUUGCUUGCCAUAUCAAGGGCAAGCCUAGCCACAAAAUUGUCAGUGAUGCACGAAACCUACUGUGCAACAUGACCCAUCGUGGUGCUGUGGGAUCCGACGCCCGAGAUGGUGACGGAGCUGGUGUUAUGACAUCCAUCCCACACAAGUUCUUUAUCAAGAACUUCGAGCGAGAGGAGAACAUUAAACUGCCUCCUCUGGGUCAGUAUGCUGUAGGAAACCUGUUCUUCAAGCCCGACGAAGAGACCUUUGAAGAGUCCAAGAGGCAACUGGAAGAUGUUGCUGAAUCGCUGGGUUUGCGGGUUUUGGGAUGGCGACGGCCUCCCGUUGACUCCAGCUUGCUUGGUCCCGCCGCCAAGUCCCGCGAGCCCAUUAUUGCCCAGCCCUUCAUUGUCCUUGCCUCCGCAUACGGCACUGGCAAUGCCCCAGAGGUCACUGACCCAGCCCAGUUCAACGAGCGACACUUUGAGCGACAGCUCUAUGUGCUUCGAAAACGCGCUACUCACACCAUUGGCCUUCACAACUGGUUCUACCUGUGCUCUCUAUCAAACAAGAACAUUGUUUACAAGGGACAGCUUGCCCCUGUGCAGGUGUACUCAUACUAUCACGAUCUAGUUAACGCUGAUUACGAAGCUCAUUUCGCUCUUGUUCACUCCCGUUUCUCCACAAACACAUUCCCGUCAUGGGAUCGUGCUCAGCCGCUGCGAUGGGCUGCCCACAACGGUGAAAUCAACACGCUGCGAGGAAACAAGAACUGGAUGCGUGCUCGUGAGGGUGUGAUGCAAUCUGACAUUUUCAAGGAGGAGUUGGAAAUGAUGUACCCCAUUGUUGAGGAUGGUGGAUCCGAUUCGGCCGCCUUUGACAACGUCCUCGAGCUGCUCACCAUCAAUGGCGUGCUCUCUCUGCCCGAAGCAGUCAUGCUCAUGGUUCCCGAAGCUUGGCAGGGCAAUGACACAAUGGACCCCAAGAAGGCCGCAUUCUACGAAUGGGCUGCUUGCCAAAUGGAGCCUUGGGAUGGCCCUGCUCUCUUCACCUUUGCCGAUGGUCGUUACUGCGGUGCCAACCUGGACCGAAACGGUCUGCGACCUUGCCGAUUUUACGUCAUGGAUGAUGACCGAAUCAUUUGCGCCUCUGAAGUCGGUACCAUUCCCGUUGAGCCCGAGUCUGUUGUCCAGAAGGGCAGACUGCAGCCCGGUAGGAUGCUGCUGGUUGACACACAGGCUGGACGAAUCAUCGACGAUGCAGAGCUCAAGGCUGCCGUUGCAAACAGAUACGACUUCCGCUCAUGGCUUGACAGCGAAUUGAUCACUAUGCCCAAGGUUUUGGAGACCCUGGAGGCUAAGCUUGAUCUGGCCCCCAAGCCCGAUGCUUCUCGCUUCCAGGAAGACCCCUUGAUGCUCUCUUUUGGUUACACUCAUGAGCAGGUCAGCUUGCUUCUUGCCCCCAUGGCUGCCGACGAGAAGGAGGCCCUGGGUUCCAUGGGUAACGAUGCUCCUCUGGCCUGCUUGACCGACUCCCCACGUCUCCUCUACGAAUACUUCCGACAGCUCUUUGCGCAGGUUACCAACCCUCCCAUUGACCCCAUCAGAGAAUCCAUUGUCAUGUCAUUGGAGUGCUAUGUUGGGCCUCAAGGUAACCUGUUGGAAAUGGAUGCUUCCCAAUGUGGCCGCCUUCUCCUUCCUAGCCCCAUUUUGUCUAUUCCCGAGUUCAAUGCUAUCAAGAACAUGUCAUCCAUCCACCCUGAGUGGACCGUCAAGACAAUUGACUUGACUUACCCCAAGUCUGAGGGAGUUCAGGGUUACUUGAAGCACCUGGAUGAGAUUUGCAAGGAGGCUACGGCGGCUAUUGAGGCGCGUGACCGUGUCAUCGUUUUGUCCGACAGAGGAACCUCUGCUGAUCGUAUUGCUGUGUCUGCUUUGUUGGCAUCCGGUAUGGUCCACCACCACCUCGUCAGCAACAAAUGGCGAUCAAUGGCCGCCUUGGUGGUCGAGACCGCUGAAGCCCGCGAGGUUCACCACAUGUGUGUUUUGCUCGGCUACGGUGCAGAUGCUAUUAAUCCUUACCUCGCCAUGGAGUGCAUCCUCAAGCUCAGCAGAGAGGGCCUUCUCAAGAAGAAGCUGUCCGACGACGACCUCAUCCGCAACUACAAGCACUCUUGCGAUGGUGGUAUCCUCAAGGUCAUGAGCAAGAUGGGUAUUUCUACUCUGGCUUCUUACAAGGGUGCUCAGAUCUUCGAAGCUCUUGGCCUCGAUGAGACGGUAGUUGAGAGAUGCUUUAGGGGCACUGCUUCGCGUAUUCAGGGUCUUACUUUUGAGCUCAUCGCCGAAGACGCUUUCCGUUUCCACGAGCUCGGAUUCCCUUCACGCUAUACUGUUGGCAUCAAAGCCCUCCCUGAAUCCGGUGAAUAUCACUGGCGCGACGGUGGUGAGGCUCACGUCAACGACCCAACUGCUAUUGCCAACCUCCAAGACGCAGUUCGCGCCAAGAAUGACAAGUCCUACGAGGCCUACUCGCGAAGCGAGUACGAGCAGAUCAAGUCUUGCACCCUGCGUGGUCUCUUGGACUUCAAGUUUGACGAUUGCAAUCCAGUCCCCAUUGACCAGGUUGAACCUUGGACUGACAUUGUCCGACGCUUCUGCACUGGUGCCAUGUCAUACGGUUCCAUCUCGAUGGAGUCCCACUCUACCCUCGCUGUCGCCAUGAACCGAUUGGGUGGCAAGUCCAAUACCGGCGAAGGUGGCGAAGACCCCGAGCGAUCAGAGCGCCAAGCUAACGGCGACACGAUGCGCUCUGCUAUCAAGCAGGUCGCUUCUGGACGAUUUGGUGUCACGUCUGCUUAUCUCGCUGACUCUGAUGAGCUCCAGAUCAAGAUGGCACAGGGUGCCAAGCCCGGUGAGGGUGGUGAGCUUCCUGGACACAAGGUCUCCAAGUCCAUCGCUCGUACUCGACACUCAACCCCCGGUGUCGGUCUCAUCUCGCCUCCUCCUCACCACGAUAUUUACUCCAUCGAAGAUCUUAAGCAGCUGAUCUACGACUUGAAGUGCUCGAGCCCUCGUUCUCGUGUGUCUGUCAAGCUUGUGUCUGAAGUCGGUGUGGGUAUUGUCGCCUCUGGUGUGGCCAAGGCCAAGGCUGAUCACAUCUUGAUCUCUGGACACGAUGGUGGUACCGGUGCUUCCCGAUGGACUGGUAUCAAGUAUGCCGGUCUCCCAUGGGAGCUGGGUCUUGCAGAGACUCACCAAACUUUGGUUCUCAACGACUUGCGUGGCCGUGUCGUGGUGCAGACUGACGGCCAGCUCCGAACAGGCCGAGAUGUUGCUAUUGCGUGUCUGCUGGGUGCUGAAGAGUGGGGUUUCGCUACCGCUCCUCUGAUUGCCAUGGGCUGCAUCAUGAUGCGCAAAUGCCACCUGAACACCUGCCCUGUUGGUAUCGCUACACAGGAUCCCGAGCUUCGCAAGAAGUUUACUGGUACCCCUGAGCACGUCAUCAACUUCUUCUACUAUGUAGCAAACGAGCUCCGAGCCAUCAUGGCCAAGCUGGGUUUCCGAACUAUUAACGAGAUGGUUGGCCGUGUUGAAGUCCUCAAGAUGCGAGACGAUCUGCGUACCAAGAAGACUGCCAACAUUGACCUGUCCCUGCUCCUGACCCCUGCCCACAGACUUCGACCCGGCGUUGCUACAUUCAACGUCCGCAAGCAGGACCACAAGCUCUACGUUCGAUUGGACAACAAGCUGAUUUCCGAGGCCGAGUUGACUCUCGACAAGGGCCUUCCCUCUCGAAUUGAGUGUGACAUUGUCAACACCGAUCGUGCUAUGGGAACUUCGCUGUCCUACCAAAUCUCGAAGAGAUAUGGCGGAGAGGGUCUGCCGCUCGACACCGUUCAUGUCAAUAUCAAGGGAUCUGCCGGUCAAUCUUUCGGUGCUUUCCUCGCACCCGGUAUUACUCUCGAACUGGAGGGUGACUCCAACGAUUACGUCGGCAAGGGUCUGUCUGGAGGUCGUCUGAUUGUCUACCCUCCUCGUUCUGCCGUGUUCAAGGCCGAAGAGAAUAUUCUGAUCGGCAAUGUCUGCCUGUACGGUGCGACAGCCGGAACAUGCUUCUUCCGUGGUGUCGCUGCUGAGCGAUUCGCUGUCCGUAACUCUGGUGCUACGGCUGUUGUCGAGGGUGUUGGUGACCACGGAUGCGAGUACAUGACUGGUGGACGAAUUGUUAUCCUGGGUAGCACUGGCCGUAACUUUGCUGCCGGUAUGUCUGGUGGUAUUGCAUAUGUGCUCGACAUGAAGAAGGACUUCAUUUCCAAGCUCAACACCGAAAUGGUCGAGUACGGUCCUCUUGAGGAUCCCACUGAGAUUGCCUACGUUCGCGGUCUCAUCGAAGACCACCACCACUACACUGGAUCUGAGCGGGCCGCACGCAUCCUUGUCGACUUCAACCGUGCUCUGCCUCGAUUCGUCAAGGUUCUUCCUACAGAUUACAAGCGCGUCCUGGAAGAAGAGGCCGCCAAGGCCGCUGAAGCCAAGCGUGCUGAAUACAACCUUCCCGUGAUUUCUAGUGUGCACGGCAAGAAGGAUGACAAGGCCGCUAAGCUCCAGGACAUGGAGGAGGCUAUUGGAGAUAGCUCUGCCGAGAAGAAGAAGCGAGCUCUGGUCCUCGACAAGACAAAGGGCUUCAUGAAGUACGCUCGUCGUACCGAGAAGUACCGCUCUGUCGCUACCCGAACCAAGGAUUGGGCCGAGAUCAGCUCCCGUCUCGACGAGGACGAGCUCAAGUACCAGUCUGCUCGCUGCAUGGACUGUGGUGUCCCCUUCUGUCAAUCUGAUACCGGUUGCCCCAUCUCCAACAUUAUCCCCAAGUGGAACGAGCUUGUGUUCCAGAACCAGUGGAAGGAUGCACUCAACCGUCUGCUCAUGACUAACAACUUCCCCGAGUUCACUGGUCGUGUCUGCCCCGCCCCUUGCGAGGGAGCUUGCGUUUUGGGCAUCAACAGCGACCCAGUUGGCAUCAAGUCAAUCGAAUGUGCCAUCAUCGACCGUGGUUUCGAGAUGGGCUGGAUGGUUCCCCGAGUUCCAGAGGUCCGCACUGGCAAGAAAAUUGCCAUUAUCGGAUCUGGUCCCGCCGGUCUGGCUUGUGCUGAUCAGCUCAACCGAGCUGGUCACAGCGUGACCCUGUACGAGCGCGCCGACCGCUUGGGUGGUCUCUUGAUGUACGGAAUCCCCAACAUGAAGUUGGACAAGCGAAUCGUGAAGCGCCGAACCGACUUCAUGGCCGCUGAAGGCAUCGAGUUCAAGACAGGCGUAGCCAUCGGUGCGGAGGGCCAGCCUUCGCUUGCUGAUCUCAAGGCCAGCAACGAUGCUGUCGUCAUUGCCACCGGUGCUACUGUUGCUCGUGACCUCCCUAUCAAGGGACGCAACCUGGAGGGCAUCCACUUUGCAAUGGAGUUCCUUCACAAGAACACCAAGUCUCUCCUCGACUCUCAGCUUGCCGACAACUCCUACAUCUCUGCCAAGGGCAAGCACGUUGUUGUCAUUGGUGGUGGUGAUACUGGUAACGACUGCAUUGGUACUUCGGUCCGCCACGGCGCCAAGUCCGUCACCAACUUUGAGUUGCUGCCUCAGCCUCCUGAUGAGCGUGCCGACGACAACCCUUGGCCCCAGUGGCCCCGUAUCUACCGUGUCGACUACGGUCACACGGAGGUCCGCCAGCACGACGGCAAGGAUCCUCGUGAGUACUGCAUCAUGUCCGAGGAGUUUAUCGACGACGGCAGUGGCAAAGUCAAGGGCAUCAACACUGUCCGCGUCGAGUGGACCAAGAACCCCAGCGGCGGUUGGGACAUGAAGAAGGUUGAGGGCUCUGAGCAAUUCUUCCCCGCUGACCUUGUCCUGCUGGCCAUGGGCUUCUUGGGACCUGAGGCUCGCGUUCUCGGAGAUGAGAUUGAGAAAGACGCCCGCAAGAACGUCAAGACUGCUCCUGGCAAGUACAGCACCAACGUGGAGGGUGUCUUCGCUGCCGGUGAUGCUCGUCGUGGCCAGUCUCUCAUCGUUUGGGGUAUCAACGAAGGCCGCAUGGCAGCUCGUGAGGUGGACUUGUACCUGGAGGCCUGCACCAACUUGCCGGUGACGGGUGGUAUUGUUAAGCGGACUGCGCAGGAGAUUUUCACCAAGAUUGCAGCGCAGUAG